CAUCGCCUUCAGACUUACAGAAAUGAAUGGGAGAAAGACCCCAGUUGUACUAUGCUAGAGGCGCUGUUCUGCCCAGAGGUGGUUUUUACAAAUGUUCUGUAGGAAAAAGUUUCAUAGUACACUAUAAUAUGCACAGUCUAUGAUAGUAUGUGUUAUUGAAGCAAAUUUGUCAGAAUGGAUAUUGCGUGUGUACGAUCAUUUUUCUCAAAAUAUAAUUUUAAGCUCCUGGUAAGAUACUUCAACAAUUAAGAUCUGGCAACACUGCCUCAGCUGGCCGUGAGUCUGCAGCCGUAUAUUAUUGCAGUCGUGGGCACAUAUGUGGGGUCUCGGAACGGGAAGGGGCCCAGACACUUGGGAAACCGAAGAAUCAAUCUGCAGAUUACCGUGACUAGAGGGUAAAAAUUACAGUGUGGGAAAGGUAGCGGGUGAAAUAUGCCGUGUCUAGAGGGCAAAAAAACACCUUGUCGAUAAGUAUUCUGUCACGCGUCUUUUGCCCAACAGCCUUCAUUAUUGAAUAAUAACCGCGUCAUAUGAAUCCGAAGUGCCAAAAUAACGUCGAUCGGGUCUGAAGUAUACGGCUAGUUGUAGAUAUGCAUGCUGGACCUUUCUUUCCCCGACCACUGUGAUGAUCAUACAUCCCAUCUGAGCGUUAUUCUGCCGAACUGCCGAUCUGUAAUGCCGAGAUAGUUCACAUUAUUCAGAUGGGGAAAGUGAUUGUAUGGGGGCUGGUUCUCUAUGCCGUUGUGGAUUCAGUUCUCAGUUGUUUCCAGUGCUUCGUAGAUGCUGAUGAGACUAGUCGACUAUGCAAAGGUUACAUUCUUUCUGGAUAUGACAUAGUAAAUUUGGACCAUUGUUUCAAUGCCAUCUACCGAAUUUUCAACAAUACGAAAGUCAUUCAAGCCGCGCAUGUUGCUGGAGGCUAUGAGGAUGAGCUGAGGAACAUCAUGCUAGCACAGAUCAUGCCUCUCAUCAAGGAGUUUGAGACGACCAAUCACUAUGACUUUGUCUAUGAGGACAGGUUACAGAAGGCUGCAGACAGUUUUAUCACAGAGGCCUCCAGGCUGCCUAGAGCUUUUCAAUGUGUUCCCCCAUGUGGUUUCCAGGAAUCUGCCGCUACUUACGAUUGUGUCACCUGUUUGUAUAAAAUCUGUGGAUUUUCUCUGGACUGCCCAGGGUUAAAUAUCACAGGCGUUGAACACAACGGGACGGAGAUCCUCUGUGAUGUUCCCUUCCCCUUACCAGCUGACAUAGAGGUUGUCUGGCGGUUUGCUGAUGAGGUCAAAACAGAAUUGGUGGAUCACUUCAAGGAGCUGACCAUUGGGGUGGAUCUUCUAUAUACCAUCCCUUCUCUCCGCCUUGACCACGAGGGCACCUACCAGUGUGAGAUCUUUUCUAAUCACCAUUCCGUUAUCAGGAACUACUACCACCUUACAGUGAUCCCUCAGCCCCCCACAGGUUGUGUCGAGCUGCAUCACGUAUUUGGGAACGUUCUACUUCUGGAAGAGGAACACUGGCCUGUGACCCAGCCCCACGACGGGCUGGUGAGCCCAGCGCGCCUGCCAUUCGCCCCUGUCCUCACUGCAUGCCUGGCUGUGAUGCAUCUCCUGGCCUUCCUGUGUCUGUGGUAUCUUUACUGGUUGCUGGCUAUGAGAAGAACAACCAAUUCAAGCAAUCAAGAACCUGAUGGCCCACCAAUAGAAAUAUUUUUGGUCAAGUAAUUGCCUGUAAAUAUUGCAAUAAAUUACGUUUUUGAAAA